AAGCGCUCACAUUGAUUUCUGAAUCCGUAUUCGUGCGUGGAUUAGUUACCGCUGUUGUCAGGUUAUACUUGAGCAAUCCUUUUAUUUAAACUGUGAUUACGACCGAAAACCUGUGAAUGCUGUUAUCCGCGUUAUUUGAAAUCUGAAUUAUGAGAAAGUUCAAGUUAACCUUGUCAACAUUCUGAAAGACGUUUGUUACCUUUGUUAUAAGUCCUCCCGAUGAAAAAUUCAUUCUCUUUACGCACAAAUAAUUCAAAUGCCGAAGUCAAACUUCUACGAUCAAAAGAUGACCUAAUACACGAACUCGUGACUUCCGAAAUUAAAUACAUAAGUUACCUCAGGAAGGUUUUGAAGUACUUUGCAAGGCCCUUAAUUGACCGCAGAUACUUGCCGGAAGAUAUACACUCUGAAAUUUUUGGACGUCUCGUGCCCAUCUUAAGUGUCAAUGAAACCCUUCUUGAGUCUGUUUUGACUGUUGGAGUAGAGAAAGCAUUUCUGAAAAUUUCUCCAUGUCUGAAAUUAUAUGCAGAUUAUGCCAACCGCUACCAAACAAACGUUGUGUUUAUGGAGACUUGUAAUGCAUUCAUACCAGGACUAAUGGAGUUUAUAAAUAAACAAGAAAGCUUACCAGAUGUUAAUUUACAGCUUUCAGCACUCCUUAUAAUGCCCAUACAGCGCAUUCCUCGGUAUUCUUUAAUACUCCAAGAACUUGUUAUCAUUUGCCUUCAACUGGACGGUUUAAGUGAUCCUGAAGCAAAUAAAUGUGCCAUUAGUAUUAACGAAGCUGCUCGUCAACAUUUUAUGAUACCAGAAUAUGCAGCCACUCUUAUUUUAAAACUAUGGGAUAAUCAUCAUCAAGUGCAUUACUCUCCAGAAUCUCAUGAUUCAAGUUUUUCAGAUCUGAAACGUUAUAUUCAUAGAAUGUGUGCUUCCACAAUUAUUCUUAUUGCAGGUUUUGCUAGUGUGGUAGCGACAGCAACAUUUUUAAAUGAACAGAUUAGAAUCAGUGAACAAGCUACUAAGGCCGCUUUAUUACAAUCAAGACUUUUUGGCAAAUGGUCGCAAAACCUCAUUCUAGUACCUGGGCGUAGACUAUUGAAGUAUGGAUUGGUGAAAAAGGUGAAUUCUCUUGAUGGAGUUGCGGAAACUCGUUUACUAGUGAUUAUGUCUGAUAUACUGAUAUGUGCUAAACCGCGAACCCAGACGGAGUUGGAAUUCAUUUUCAGCAAGAAAAAGUGUGUUUAUAGUCGAAAAUAUCCUAAUCCUUUUACACAAUUUUACGGAAGAAAAAUGUCUUUAGGGUUUACAAAACAUAUUCGAAGGUCGAAUGACACAAACUCAUUGAUUCACGUUUCUAAAUUUUCUAAAUCAGUCUCACAAAGUUCUAAAUCUCAAACUUUUAACGAUUCAACUGAUUUUUUAACAGAUAGUAAAGUUUGUUUUUCAUGUGUUGCUGUCUAUCCUCUUCAUCACUGUCAUGUUCAAAUUCAUUUUAAACCACAUAAUACGUUUCUGCAACCUAUUCCUGAGUCUCCUGAAUGCCAACCAAAGCAAAACAACUCAGUGUUUAUUUCACCAAUUUCUAUCGGAGGAUUUAGUCGUCAUACUGCAUCAACACCAUUGGCGUUCGAUGAAUAUGCAUGUGGAUCAACAUCAACAUCAACAAGACUGAAAUCGGAUUCAUUUAUUACUUUCAAUGAAGAUGACUACACAAUGAGACACCCUGAACCUUUGAAUGAAUACAGUUUCACUGUGCACUGUCGUGACGCUAACUUUACUAUCGUGAAUGGAAAUUUAACUGAAGCUGAAGAUUGGAUAUCUAGUUUGGAGACAGCCAUUCAAGCUGUUAAAACAGCACGAAAAAGCCUUCGUAAGGAAAGUAGUGCGAAGUGGCCAAUGCGUGCUUCAGAUUUUAUUCAGUUUGAACAAUGGCUGGAACAGAAACGUAUAGUCGAAGAGUCAAUGAAAUCUUCUCGAAUCUUUCAAAGGAUGGGAAUGGAAGAGUUGGCCAUUGAUAAUCUCCUUUCCCCAGUAAAUUUUCUUGAGUCAUCUAAAAUGGAACAAAAACUUGAAGAAUAUCGUAGACGUAAAUCCAUCGGCUGUGAUACCGAAAAAAACAAUCGGCUUUCUUAUAUAUUUUGUGAGUCUGGUAGUCUUGAACUUAAUCCCAAAAAAUCAAAACGUGAUAAACAAUGUGGACUGUUUUGUCAUUCAUUUAUGUCUAAAUUUAAAGAAAAUAACUUAGUUAAUGCCUCAGUACUUUAUCAUUCAAACGAUUCUGUUCGUUUGUUAUCCAUAACAAGUAUUUCUGAUAAGCCCAAAUCAAAUUCCAUUCCGUUCAAUACACGAAAUCAUUUGUACAGCAGUGAUCGUUGUUACCGUUUGGAUGAUACUCAUCGUAAUUCAUUUCCAUCUCAAUUAGCCCAAUCUUUUAGUGGAUGUUUGUGCAUGUAAAAUGCUUGCAAACAGGUAUCUGUGCUCUUAAACUAGUCAAUAGACGCGAAUAAAACCAUUUCGAAAGAACUUGGAUUAAAUAUACGCUUCUACAUAAACUAUAAGUGAACAACGUUUUCAAAUACUCAUUAGUAUUAUUUAAAAAAUAUCAAAUUGUUGUAAACGCGAAUUCAGAUUUUAUUUUUUCAUUUGUUAUUUUAGAUAAAAUCUUAAGUAAAACCACUGCUUAUACUAAGUAUUAUUUUUAUUCUUAUUCCCACAGAGAAUAAUCAUUCAUUUAUACUGUAUACUUUUGUCUAGUUUUUUUCUUUAUACUCUAUUUUUUUUCAUAAAUCUUCCAUCUUUUACUUUCUAUCCGAUAUUAUAGAUGUAUUUUAAACACAAGCGUUGAUUUGUAAACUGACAGAGAUUGUUCCAGUUGUAUCUUGAUGAAAUAUAAUUUUUGUUCUCUUGACUUAUCUUAUACCUUUCCUAUUUUAUACAACAACAAAAAAUGUAAUGCUAACUGAAAUAUUUCAGUUUUUAUUUUAAUUAUGUUUCCGACUUGUCAAUAAUUAUGUUGACUUUUUGUUUUUUUUUUAUAUCACUUAUUACCACUUUGUUCUUUUUUUUAAUGUGUUAAUUAUGUAGAAUAAAGCGAAACGCUUGUGAU